AUGAGUGGUAUAGGGUGGCACCGAAGGAAGCAACCGUGUGUACAUCUUAUAUGACGGUGGGAAAGAAAUGUUUGACUGAGCUACUUACCUCUGAAGGAUGGUUGAAUUCCGAUCAUAUUGACACUAUUUUGUAUUUCAUACGAAAAAGGCGGUUUGAUAAUGAGAAGAUGUUCACCAACACCUGUGCCAUAUUAGACGUGUUAUUUUGGUCAUCCAUCAAAGGGCGUUAUCCCAUAUGGAAGGCAUCUCGUAGCACAUAUUCAUGUGAUGCGACCCUUUGUAGCUAUGUGCGUGGGAAGUCACCCAAACCUAGCGUGUCGUGGCAGAUAUGUGAUUAUGUAAGUCCCUACAUAUAUUGAAAAAAAUUCUCACUAAGUUUCCCAUUUUGUGGAUAAUGAGGUUAUGUUCUAAUUUGCAGGUGUACA